AACUAUGUGCAGAAGGUGUUAUAGAAGUUGAGGAUGUCUAGAAAUCCUGCAGGUUCAGCAAGGAGGAGAUCUUCCUUCUCAGGAUCACAAGAGCAACACAAUUUUAAUCACCCACAGCUGUUUACUGAUAGUAGCAUAGAUCUGGAUAUACAACAAACGAUUGAUCCAUUAACGAAUUAUAAUUUUGCACCUAAUCAUGAGAACAAGGGCCCUUCAUCCUCGACGGGGAAAAAAGGACAAAGCAGGAAUUUCAAAGGAAUACGCCUUCCAGAAAAUAGAGAGAGCAGGAAAUGGGUUAAACUCACUGAUGAUAAGCUCCACUUUGUUGAUCCAAACAUCCCUCGAGCUAUCACUUCACUAUGGAAGUCAUGUUUUGAUGGCCCGUAUUUCACAUACGAGCGUGUCCCCCAAAGCAAGAUUGCUGAAAUUUAUAAUUGUUUCAAAACACUUUACCAGUGGAAUCCUACAGAUAAUCGCCAUGUGCGAGACGCAUUCCUAAAUUGUAUGAAACAUAGAUGGAGUGACAAUCUCAGGGAUGAGAAGUUGAAAUGGGACAAGAACCCAGCCUAUAGGCUCAGUGCAAGGGGAGCAAAGAAUAGGAGCUCUAGGGAAAGGGUGACUCACACCACUAGAUCCAUUAGCUUUGGCAUCCAUAAGAUGCGGAUGACUGAGUCUAGAGGUGGUGUGCAACCUCCCCAUCAGGAGAAAUUCAAGGAGAUGCACACCUUUAGAAAAAAGGCGGGAAAGGAUCAAGAGUCGGCGUGGAUCAAUGAAAAAGCAAAGUAUCGAUAUGAUACUUAUGUUGCGGAGUGCACAGAUAGUCAUGGCUCUGAUGCUAGUUCGUGGCCACGCAUGGAUAACGAGGCAUGGGUUAAGGCUAUUAGAGGUUGCUCAUCUAAUUUCAUGCCAGGGAUUGGCUCCCAAGUAAAUCCAGAGAUGGUUGGUUUUACUUACAAGAAGAGACAACCCCGAGAAAACUUAAUAGUAGCACUGAUGGCAUCCGACUAUGAGGAGACACAAGCAAAAGAUCAUGAGGAGUUAGAAAGACAACGCCAACAAAUUGCUUUGAUGCAACAACAGCUGGCCAAAACAACAGAAGCUCAGAAUAAUAUGAGCCAAACAAUUGCACAGUCUGUUGCAGCAGCUCUAGUCGCUCAUGGCAUCUCCCCUCAGGCAGGUCAUCAUCCAGUUGCCCCACCACAGCCGUCACAUGGUCCUGGCUCAAGUCUUCGCAUGAAUUUAGCUUUCACCUACUGCACUGAUUCUACACAAACCUCUCCUAUGAUCCCUGAAUAUCAGCAGUAGCGGCAGUUUCCGCCUCAAGAUGAUGAUGCAUACCAUCCUACUUUUGAUCCAGACUAUUAGGGUCCUUAGUUUUUUUAUUUUUCUGCUACGCACAUUAUCUGCAUACUUUGCAUGGUUGGCUUUAUUUCUAUUAAUACUUUAAACUGUUAGCUUUAGCUUUUAUUACGAUAUAUUUUCUUAUUUUGCUUGACCUCUAGUGAUCAUACUUAAAAAGGCUAUUGCCUCCUCUUUUUCUUCCAUUCAAUGCUACUAGAUUAAUUGUUUAUAUGUGUUUAUAAUUACAUUAUUGAUAUAAUUUUAGGUUGAUAUUUUUUCAAUCUCCUCUCUUUUAAUUUUCUCUUUCAUUAUUUCUCCCUAUUUGAUUAAAUAUUAAUUUGUGUU